AUGCCCAGAAAAAGUUUGCCCAUUUCCCACAAAGUCUCAAAUCUAGUAAGGUUCAUCCACAAAUUAAGAAAACCCAUGAUCCAGAAGCUCCUAUUGUUCAAGAAAUUUAGGAAGUGCAAGGAGUUCAAGCUCAUCAGGCACUAUAACUAUGAUUUUAUUGGAGAGUACCAGCACUCCCCUUCAAGCACUCCUCUCAUUCAUUACCGUCGAAACCAAUUCAAGAAUAGAGGCUCCCGAUAUUUGUGUUCCUUCUUCUAUCUGUUCUGGUGCUUGGGUAACUUGAAAGUAGGAGGAAGUGACAUUGGUAUUGGGGAGUGCAAGCUCGAGGCUCUGCCACUGCCACUGCCACUGCGACUGCCACCCAUUGAAAUUGAAAAUGCCAUCAUAGCAGAGGAUUUGUUUGAGGCUUUUGAUUCAGACUCAGAGGAUGAAGGUGAAUCAGUUGAUCAGAAGGCAGAGAGGUUCAUUGAGAGAUUCUACCAGCAGAUGAAAAUGCAGAGGCAGGAAUCCAUAUAG